AUAAAAUUCAUAUCUAGUCUUGGUAAAUUGUGAGGUCAUGGUCUGCUUCUUCCAUGUUUUACUGUUGACAAGAUCCAGAAGUUCUGCAAAAUCAAAUUCUAAUUUUCUUUCUUCUUCCACUACCUUAAUGAACCUCGUCUGUCUGAUUGAACUUGUAGGGUGACUCUUCUUUUACACUCAGCCCAAGUUUGUAAGUGCUGAAUAUGUCUCCAAGAAACAUGGAUGAUUUACCAGACAAUCUUCUUUGCCAAAUCUUAUCCAACUUGUCUACAAAAGAAGCUGCUGUGACAUCACUUCUCUCAAAAAGAUGGCGACAUCUGUUUGCCCUUGUACCAAAUCUUGAUUUCGAGAGCUUUUCCUCUCAGCAUACGGAUCAUACGAGUUUUAUAGAUUUUGUGGAUAGAGUGUUGAAGUUACGAGGGGAAGAUCAUGUUAACAAGUUCUCUCUAAAAUGUGGAGAUGGUUUUGAGGAUGAAGACGUGUAUCCUUGGAUAUCAAACGUGCUGAGACAUGGUGUAUCAGAUCUUGAUCUACACGUCUCUUCCUCAUUGGUUUAUUGGUUGCCUUCAAAGGUUUUUGUGAGUAAGACACUGGUUAGGCUGAAGAUGGGACCUGAAGAUGGUCCCAAAGUUAAACUGAGAAAUGUUUGUCUUCCAAAGCUCAAGACACUGAUUCUAGACUCAGUUGUGUUUGUAGAGGGUGAGAUAGGGUUUGCAAAGCUUCUGUCUGGUUGUCCUGUGCUUGAGGAACUAAGUUUGCGUAAUCUGGAGUGGGGUUAUUGGGGUUCAUGCUCUGUAGCUUCCAAAAUCCUCAAGAGACUAACGCUAUGUUGCGCACACUGUGAUGACAAUCCAAAGAGUGUAUCAUUUGAUACUCCAAAUGUUGUCUACUUCAAAUAUUCUGAUAAUAUUGCGCAGAAGUAUCCAAAACUGAACUUUGAUUCGCUGGUUGAAGCCAGUAUCGAUAUUCGGAUGACAAAUGAUCAGAAAGCAAAUGUCAGAUUUGUAUCUAAUGAUGAUGAGGAGGAAAGAGAGAUGGUUGGUAACGCUACAGAGCUUCUUAUGGGAAUAUGCAAUGUGAAGACCCUUUACUUAUCUUAUGACACUCUUGAGACACUUAACUUUUGCUGUGAAGCAAUACCAGCGUUUAGCAACUUGACUCAUCUAACAAUUGAGAGUAACCAAGAAGUGGGAUGGGAAUCAUUGCCAGAACUUCUCAAGAACUGUCCAAAUCUUGAAACUCUUGUCUUCCAAGGACUCACUCACAAAGCUACAAGUAGUCCUUCCCUAACACAUUGUCCGGUGAAGUUUCUUAAGAUAUUGAAAUUUGGAGAAGCCUGCGAUGAUGACGAUGUGGACAUGGUGAUGGAGAUAGUAAUGAUCAACCAUUUCCUACAGAAGAUGUUGAAUCUCGAACAGCUCAUAGUAUACUACAAUACAUCAAUCGAAGAUGAUCUGGUUGAAGUAUCAAGCCAACUUCAGAUGCUUCCUGUAGUAGCUUCAUCAAAGUGCAAGAUCCAAAUGUUGUCUUUCAAUGGAGAAGAAGCUUGACAUGAGACCUAACUAUCUAGAGGAGACUGUUAUUUAAGUGAAGUGGAGUAGAAACUAGACUGCAGUCUGUUGCGUUUCAAAAAUUUCUACUUGUGAGAUGCUGCAUUUUGUUGAUAAGAGUAUAUUAUGUUCACAUAUUCACACAAUAACAAUGCAGUGUUUCAGAAAGUUUAUUAUUA